GUAGCAAAUCUUUCCCGACUCAUUCAGUAAAUGGAUUGUUGACGUUCGACAUCGUUCAUUCGUGUCUCCUGCACAGAUUGUCAAUCUACGGAUGAUGAGGUUUUAGUGAGAAAUGGAACAACUCGGAGUUAAAGAGAACCUCGAUCCCACCAAGACACAAAGAGUGAAGAAAAAAGCACCACCUCCUCCACAACCCAUUCAUGAAGGAAGGAAACCUCAGAGACAAGUGAUUAUUGCAGCUAGUAAGACUAACAGAGAGAGGCCCCCAGAUACUAGACAGCGCGAACCAGCUAAAUUGUUAACACCUGUUAGACCUCCUCAAUCAGGCCUCACAGAGGAUAGACGCCUGGAGUCUAAACCAAAGACUAUAAAAACUUUAGUGAACCCGGUUUCCUAUGCACGAUGGGUGCAGCAUUCUGGGAGUGGAAAUCCUCAAAUAAGUAAGGGAGCUCAUCAUAUAUUUAAAGGAGCUUCUAGAUGCAGAGUGGGAAUGCAUCCUCAUUCCUUCAAUACGAGUCCGUCCGGAUCUUUGAGUAGUCAAGGAUCUUCUGGAUCGGAAGGACCUAAAUCUGUGCUGAAGAAACCAAGAACAGUUGAAAUGCACGGUAAUAAGAAGAAUGUGACUUUUAAUGCAUUUGCUAUGGUGCAGUUAGUGAAAGUGUGAUUUAUAUAUUAUGAUUUUGUAUAAUUGUGAUUAUCUUCAUUAAAUCGUCUUUUUUUCGUGAUUCGGUUUGCGAAGACAUUUAUAUGAAACUCUGAGUGUUGCAAUAAAAGUUGGUUAUCACGUUUCAUGAUAACAUCCUAAACAGAAAUAGAAACUAGACAUUUGUCAAAGUGCAUCGACCUCUUCCUAAACAUCAUCUAAGGUAAGCAGCAGGAUAGACUCGGGUCGCUCGACCAAACCCAUUUCCCAGUGAUCUGGUUUCGUAAAUCCCGGAAGAGAAUUGAACGUUGUACAUCUCGUAAAUGCCAUAAUUAUCUUCAAAUACCCUUGAGCAACGUUUGCAGAGUUUUUACACAUUUAUAGUUUAGUAAAUAAAUAAGAAUGAUUUACAAUAUUUAUAGAUUAUUUGCAACUCACACCGUGGAGAUAACGAGUUUCAAUAUAUACAUAUAUAUAGGCCUAUAUUACUAUAGGCACAGGUGAUUCAUCUGUGAACUCAUCCGAUAUAGUAACCCGAUCACACCAAUUUAAUUAAAUAAUAUCCUCAGAAGUUCACAAAAUAAAUUUUAUUAUAUAUAUAUAUGUUAAAGAAUAGAUUUAGUUCCAAAGACUUUCUGAAAGUAGAAUGACCCUUAUAGAUAAAAUAUUACAAAGAAAGUUAAAAUUGUUCCGCGUAUCAUAAGAAAACAAUGAGUAUUUUUAUCUUUUGAUUAAUUUUUAUCGAUAAGAAUAUAAAAUAAAUAAGUUC